CACAUUCUCACAUUAUGGAAGGAACUUCUCGAUCACUUCCUUACACCAUAAGAUUCGUUGGUCUACUUGGCAGUCACUCUCUUGGUAGAAAUCUAAAGUUUAUGGCUACUGUGGUAGAUUUAGGAAGGGAAUUGAUAAGCCGAAAGAUAAAACUUGCCUAUGGAGGAGGUAGUGUUGGCCUUCAAGGAGCUGUUGCUUCAAAAGUCUUCACCAAUGGUGGUCUCGUUAGAGGUUUCAUUCCUGGGUACAUAGCAACACUACGGGUCUACAGACCUACAUAUGGCGUAGAGCACACAGUUUCCAGCAAUUACUACAAAUAUUUUGAGAUGAAUCAUGCUGUGGAAGCUUUCAUCGUUCUUCCCGGAGGAGUUGACACUAUGGAAGGUUUGUUCACCUUGAUCUCGUGGGCUUCUAAAGGGUUACACAAUAGACCCAUUGGUCUCUUGAACAUUGACGGUUAUUUCAAUAACCUAAUCAAGUUUCUAGACGAUGCAGUGAGGCAGAACUUUAUGUCUUUGAGUCAGAGGAAACUUUUCAUUUCUUCUUUCUUUGUUGGUGAGCUUUUAGACAAAUUAGAGUUUGCUAAAGCUUUCCCGGGACCAGGGGUUAGUUACGAUGAGUUUGUGAAUCCUGGAAGACUUGACUUAGAAUUGCAUUUGUAACAUUCCUCUUGUAAUUCAAGUUGUAUUUUGUGUUGCAAUGAUGUUAUCCAUAAAUAUUCUCCUAGGUUGUAUGGCUAGUGCGAGCUAUAUUUCCUUCAUUCUUCAGUCUUUCACUAUUGGUGUCACUGUCUUGUUUUGUAUCGUCACCAUGUCACAAUCUUUCAGGUCAGUAGGGUAUACGAACGAGUCAAUUAUCUUAAUGAUUUGUCUUGUGAGCAUCACUUUACUUCAUUUUGUCAAUUCAGACUACAUCGAUGUUUUUACGAUAAACAACUAAAUCCUUA